UCUCGGGCGGAAGUGCCCGCGGCGGGCGGAAGGCUAGCGCGAGGGCUCUGCUGGCGAGGCCGGAAGCCCUUGUAGGCUGCGAGCACCGGCGGGAGGCGGGGCUGCGGACCGCAGAGGACGCGGUGGGAUACUUUGCGGUUCCCUUGGCAGCGCCGAGGUCCUCCUCAGCCUCUCCAGCGGCCGGGGAGGGGGCGGCGUUGUCCUGAGCUCUGCCGACUGCUCUUCCCUCAGGUCUCGUCUGCUUUAGCGGUUCCGAAACUAGCCUGCGCGGUGUAGCGAUGGACGAGGACAACCUGGAGACGGCCCUGCAGACCUACCGGGCCCAGCUCGGGCAGGUAGAGCUGGCUCUUGGUGCUGGCCUGGACGCUUCCGAGCUUGCGGACCUGCGCCAGCUGCAGGGCGAUCUGAAGGAACUGAUAGAGCUCACCGAGGCCAGCCUGUUGUCGGUCAGGAAGAGCAAGCUGCUGGCUACAGUGGACCUGGAGCACCAGGCAGAGGAGGACGCUGAGUACUUGGCUUUCCAGAAGGCUGUGGCGGAGGAAGGGGAGGCACCCGUCGCCCCCGUGGAUGACUCGGAGACUGUCCCUGGGAGCGUGGUGCGGCCUGGACCCACCUCCCCUGCACAGGAGGAAGACGAGGAGGAUCCAGAUCAGGAGGAGCUGAGCGGUGCUAAAGUGAAUGCCCCUUACCACAGCGCUUGGGGCACGCUAGAGUAUCACAACGCAAUGGUUGUGGGCACUGAAGAGGCAGAGGAUGGUUCGGCAUGCGUUCGCGUACUCUACCUGUACCCUACCCACAAGUCCCUGAAGCCCUGCCCGUUCUUCCUGGAGGGAAAAUGCCGCUUCAAGGAGAACUGCAGACUGGUUGCUGCUAACCUACAGCCUGUCUCUGUCACCCUAGAUGUGGACAAUGGCUACUAUACUGUUAAAUUUGACUCACUGCUGCUGAAGGAGGCUGUGGUAGAGGGAGACAGCAUCCUGCCUCCUCUGCGCACAGAGGCUACAGAGUCAUCUGACUCAGACAGUGGUGAUGCAAGUGACUCCAGCUAUGCCAGAGUGGUGGAACCAAACACCGUGGACACCGGAACCUGCAGUUCUGCCUUUGCUGGUUGGGAGGUACAUACACGAGGCAUUGGCUCCAAACUCCUAGUCAAGAUGGGCUAUGAGUUUGGCAAGGGUUUGGGUCGGCAUGCAGAAGGCCGAGUGGAGCCCAUCCAUGCCGUAGUGUUGCCUAGAGGGAAAUCACUGGACCAGUGCACAGAGAUACUACAGAAGAAGACAAAGGGAGGCCAGGCUGGGACCAAUAGGCCUCCAAGAUGUCGGAGGAGUGGUGGUAGACCCGAGGGCCGCCCACCCCCUCGGAAUGUGUUUGACUUUCUGAAUGAAAAACUGCAAAGCCAGGCGCCUGAGACCCCAGAUGCUGGGGUGGACACUCCAGGGAAAAGGAACAAGGACAUGUAUCAUGCCAGCAAAAGUGCCAAGCAGGCUCUGAGUCUGCAGCUCUUCCAGACUGAGGAGAAGAUUGAGCGGACCCAACGGGACAUCCGGGGCAUCCAGGAGGCCCUAACCCGGAAUGCUGGCCGGCACAGCAUGGCAACAGCCCAUCUGCAGGAGAAGCUGGAGGGAGCCCAGCGGAAACUGGGUCAGCUGCGUGCUCAAGAAGCUGGCCUACAGAGGGAGCAGCGGAAGGCAGAUACCCACAGGAAGAUGACAGAGUUUUAGCAGCCCUGCCUAUAUUGUGGACAGAGCCCUGGGACCAACUCCAAACUGCGUUGGCAGAAAGACGGCUGGCACCCUGACACUUGAACCUGGAAGAGGGUUCAGCCCAUUCCAAGGCUGUCCCUUGUUCAGCCUUGUCAGCCUAACGUGUAUGAAUACUACUGAGUAGACAUGGGGUGUCAGGGUUGAUUUUGAACAUUUAUUUGCCCACCAAGCCCAUCUACCAGUGUCUUGGGGUAGCUCCUUAGGACAUUAAAGUGAUUUCAUCACAA